UUGAUUGCAUUUUCCCUGUACUCUCCCUCCCUCUCCGGGUUCCCUUUCUCUCUCCCUUUCUCGCUCACCACCCUCCCUCUCUCCCUUCUUUCUUGAAAGUACUGCAGAGGCACAGCUGCAACGUAAAAAGAAGAGAGAAAGAGAAAAGAAACCUCGCCGGCAGUUACUACCCCCCGUCGCAGUGACCGUAGGAUAAUCAACAGCGUUAAAUCCGCAACCAUCUAUCUUCGGACUGUGGGUAUUCACUCAUAACAUCGACACUUCUCCCAUUUUUAACCGUCCUUCAAGCACCAACACCCGGUCUCCAAAAAGUUGUAUGUUGAUCCCUCCAACAAAGCUUCAAGAGUUUAAGGCAAGAUGGACGAUACGUACAAGGACAGGACUUCAUUGGCUAAGGGCGCCAAGGACAUUGCCAAGGAGGCCAAGCGGCACGCGGCGAAGAAGGUGAACAAGAUGAUGGACCGCGCCUCGGACGAGUACUCCCAGCGCUCCUACAACCGCUUCCAGGAUGAGGAAGACGACGACUACUACGGGCAGGACGGCAACUACACGGAGGCCACCGGCGAGGAGGAGGAGGCCCUGAGCGACGCCACCGAGGGCCACGACGACGAGGACGAGAUUUACGAGGGGGAGUACCAGGGCAUUCCUGAUGGGGGGCAGCCCAAGGACAGCCAGCUCGCCGCCGGGAAGCAGGUGCCGGACGCGCUGAAGGAGCGCAGCGAGCUGGAGUCGGAGCGGCAGGCCGACGAGGAGGAGCUGGCGCAGCAGUACGAGCUCAUCAUCCAGGAGUGUGGCCACGGGCGCUUCCAGUGGCAGCUCUUCUUCGUGCUGGGCUUGGCACUCAUGUCGGACGGCGUGGAGGUGUUUGUGGUCGGCUUCGUGCUGCCCAGCGCCGAGACAGACAUGUGCAUCCCCAACUCAGGGGCAGGCUGGCUGGGCAGCAUCGUGUACCUGGGAAUGAUGGUGGGGGCCUUCUUCUGGGGGGGUCUGUCGGACAAGGUGGGCCGUCGACAGACGCUCCUCAUCUGUAUGUCUGUCAACGGCUUCUUCGCCUUCCUGUCCUCCUUCGUGCAGGGCUACGGCGUCUUCCUGCUGUGCCGCAUGGUGUCCGGGUUCGGGAUUGGCGGUGCUGUGCCCAUCGUCUUCUCGUACUUCUCGGAGGUGCUGGCGCGGGAGAAGCGGGGAGAGCAUCUGAGCUGGCUCUGCAUGUUCUGGAUGAUCGGGGGCAUCUACGCCUCCGCUAUGGCCUGGGCCAUCAUCCCGCACUAUGGCUGGAGCUUCAGCAUGGGCUCGGCCUACCAGUUCCACAGCUGGAGGGUCUUCGUGGUGGUCUGCGCUCUGCCCUGCGUCUGUUCCGUGGUGUCCCUCACCUUCGUGCCUGAGAGUCCCAGGUUCUUUCUCGAGGUGGGGAAGCAUGACGAGGCUUGGAUGGUCCUCAAGCACAUCCACGACACCAACAUGCGAGCACGCGGCCAGCCGGAGAAAGUCUUCACCGUGAACAGAAUUAAGAUUCCAAAGCAAAUUGAUGAGCUGGUGGAGAUGGAGUCUCAGAGUGCAAACCCAGUGUCCAAAGUCCUCUUCAGGAUGAAGACUGAGCUUAAUGGGAUCUGGUUGACUUUCAUGAAAUGCUUGAGCUACCCAGUGAAGGAUAACACAAUCAAGCUAGCCAUUGUAUGGUUCACACUGUCCUUUGGGUUCUACGGCCUGUCUGUGUGGUUCCCAGACGUCAUCAAGCACCUGCAAGCGGAUGAGUACGCCUCCCGGGUCAAGACCCACAACAAUGAGCGCAUUGAAGACUUCACUUUUAACUUCACAUUGGAGAACCAGAUCCACACAAAUGGGGUAUUCAUCAAUGACAGGUUUGUCAGCAUGAAGUUCAAGUCGGUCACUUUCAUCAGUUCCACCUUCCAGAAUUGCUACUUCGACGAUGUGACGACUAUGGGCUCCUAUUUUAGAAAUUGCACUUUCAUUGAGGCUUUUUUCUAUAACACCGAUAUUGACAACACAAAGCUCAUCAACACAAGGCUGAUAAACAGCACGUUCCAUCACAACAAGACAGGCUGUCAGAUGACGUUUGAUGAUGACUACAGCGCCUACUGGGUCUACUUUGUGAACUUCCUGGGGACUUUGGCAGUGCUGCCGGGAAACAUAGUGUCGGCCCUUCUCAUGGAUAAAAUAGGACGUUUGACAAUGCUAGGGGGCUCCAUGGUCCUGUCAGGAAUCAGCUGCUUCUUCCUCUGGUUCGGGACCAGCGAGUCCAUGAUGAUCGGCAUGUUGUGCCUCUAUAACGGCCUGAGCAUCUCUGCUUGGAACUCCCUGGACGUGGUCACUGUGGAGCUGUACCCCACGGAUAGGAGGGGCACCGGGUUUGGGUUCUGCAAUGCCAUGUGUAAGCUGGCGGCAGUGCUGGGCAACAUGAUCUUUGGGUCGUUGGUGGGUAUCACGAAAGCCAUCCCCAUCCUGCUGGCCUCCACUGUGCUGGUGUGCGGGGGCUUGGUCGGACUGAGACUGCCAGACACAAGAUCCAACGUUCUAAUGUAACCCCUGCCCCCUCCCCCGGUGAAAAAGGCUUAGAUGCAGUGUUACAGUACAUCUCACAUUUUGGUUUUUUGUUUUAAUUUCUGCCCAUAAAAUCCAGCCUCCUGUUAGGUGAUGAACAGGACUGGGUGAAGAAUGAGGUCACAGUGCGAUGUCACGAGACACUCGCCAAAUGUGCUCUGGGUACCUGGGCUCAUGGGUAACGGUGCCGCCCCCUGCCGCUGUGCGGGUUGUCAUGGCAGCCACACAUGGUGAAAUAGAACCAUUUCGUGCUUGGAGUUUCACUGAAAGUGACAGAUUAUAACGGAAGCAUGGAACUAGGAGGACCUAGGCUACUUUUUAAACUGUACUAAUGUCACGUUAAAGCAGUUCAUGCUUCAGGUUAAGAAAAUGUAGAAUAAUAGUUUUUCUAAUGAAUAUCGCUGCUGAUUUGCUGACAGGAAAUCAGGAAUAAAGUUCCUUACAUGAUGACGUGUUUUUAGUGAAAAAGAUUUAGUAAUAUUAUAAAGUGAGCCUUUAAGCCUUUUACGCCCGUUUCAACUCUACUAAUAACAAGGCCAUAGACAAUUAUAGAGAGUAAUAAUUAUCAGUUUAGUCUUGUUGCGGGUGACUAUAUCGGCAAUGUUUUAAAAAGAGUUUACAUUUUCUGCUUUUUAACAGUCUGAAACAUGAAAACAUUGGAACAUGGAAUCUUUAUGAAACCAUGAGAUCACACGACGUGGAUUAAGUUGUGAUUAUGUUCAUUUUUCCUCUGUGCCAUGUCUAAGAUAUUUGAGCUCAGAAGAGAUUUGCUUUAAGUCAUAUUUCUUUAUUCAUCGUAUUUUUUCACAACAUCCCAGAACUGCAGAGUACGGCUGUGACGGGGGCUUCUCAUUGAGCCUGUCCUUUAUGAACACUGAAUUGCCUUUCCAUUUGUCUGUUUGUCUGUCUGUUGAUUCAUUUGUUUAUUUCAAAACGCUGAGGUUCUCCCCAACGGUUCACCCACUGGGCCAUCUUCAUAAGCCUGGAAAUACCUGCAUUGAAAAAAACUGAAAUCAGUCUGAACAUAUUUAUAUGAAGCAAGGUUCAUAAGAAAUCAAAUUGUACUUUUAAAUAGUAAGUUGAAAUUGUUCUUCCAUCUUCCAAUGCAGUGUUAUUUUGUAUGUUGUAUAAGUAGGUAAUUUAAGUCAAUUAAAUUGGAUAAUUUAGUCUAAAUAAUUUUUUUUAUUGAAAUAAAAUAAAAUUAAAAUAAGUACUGUAUGUACUGUUUGGAAAGAAAAGGCCCUAAUGCAGGAUUCUAUUUUUAAUUAUCCUUUCAUUACUUACUUUCUGGAAGGCACAUUCAACAGUAUCAUUAAUUAGCCAAUUCACAGUCAUUAAAAACUCCGGAACAUGUAACUCUUGGUUCUGUUUGCUGUGUGCAUUUGUUGAUAUGCAGAGUGUCAAUGACUUCCUCCCACACAAGUUCGUCUUUCUCUGUCGUGUUUGUCGUCCCAGCGCUGCAGUGUGCGCUUGCGCUAUGUGCCGUCUAUGCAACACGCCCGUAGUGUCGUCUGCCUUUGGUGUCUCUGUGAUUUUAUGUGAAGUGGCCAUCUGAACUGCAAUGUCCCUCCACUGUGCAUAUAGCGGACGUUCUUCCAUUUGCCUGGAGGAUCGUCUCUGAAGACCCUAACUUUGAGUCAUGUACAGUAUACAGACGUCUGAGUUUUUCAGAUAUAUAGGUUGUUAGUGUCAAUAUGUUUAUUAAAAAGAGAAGACAUAUUUAUUAUAAUAUAAUUUAAAAAUGAGGAGAAGCCAUUUAAAUUAGACAAUUCAUUUAGACUUAACAUGUCAACGGCUGCUAUCUCCUCAGUGCUGUGAGGGGCUACAAAUUUUUAUAUAAUGUUUUCAUUGGGUUGUAUAAACAUCCUUUGCUCAUAUCAAAAUGUGUCAUUUUGAGGAAACGUGUCCAUUCCCAUUAAAAUGCGCGUUUGUGUGUGUGGGUGUGUGCUUUGUAAAUACUGUAUAUAUAGGUAGUUGUUGGUGUCUGGAAGCUGAGUCAUCUGUUUGCUCACGAGUUUGAUUUCCUGAAGUGUGUUUGCAUUUUGUUUUGUUGAGUAUGUGAUGGCUUGUGGGAAUUCACUGGCGGCAGCAGUGCGUCUGUCUUCUGAAAGCUCUGUACCCCAGAGAAACGCUAGACAUGUUUUAUUAUUAUGUUAAAUCAAACAAACAAAAAAAUGCAUGCAUCUGCUGAAGUUGUUCAUUUGUGUCCAGCUCUUCUGUUGUUCUUCCCAGAGAGGAACAAAACGGUUGCUUCGGAAUGGCCGUACCCAUUUUGUCAGGUCUCGUCGUCCAGUUUGUGGGUGAAAUUCAUCGGACUCGGUCUUCGGUCGUUGUGCAAGGGCGUGUCAGCUGUGAGGACUGCACUCACCGGGCAGUUCAGAACGUUAUGUGAAAGUGUGUAAAAAAAAAAAAAAUGGUUAAAAUCUAUCCUUAAUAAUAUUUUAACGACGACAAAGUAAUAGGUGCAAUGUAAAUCUCAUUCUGCUCCAUGAGUAUUAAAGAUCUAAAUAAAGAGUUCUCUAUCUAUUGAA